AUGCGGGAAAUCCCCGCGUUAGAGACGAUGGAAGAGGGAGCUUCACUGGGAGAGAACGGAGCCGGGGAGUUGCAUCUGGAGCUGUGGUAUCUGCUCACCUCCGCAGCGGCUCUGCUGCUCGUGUGUUUCUACGCCGUGUACAUGUCCGUUCACCUCCUGGCCCUCUCCUACGCGUGGCGAUGGCUGCACUCCAAGACGGCUGAACUCACGCAGCAGAAGUUGACUGGUGUUGAGUUUGCACCAGGAGUGUCCAUCAUCAAACCGAUAAUUGGGUGUGACCCUCACCUAAAGACCAAUCUGGAGAGUUUCUUUCAGCUAAAGUACCCAAAGUAUGAGAUUCUGAUGUGUGUGGCCGAGAUGGGAGAAGUCCCCAGUCUUCAGGUGGUCCAUGACCUACUGUCGCAGUAUCCUCACGUCCCCGUCAGGAUUCUUCAAGGUGAAGCAUCUAUUGGGGUGAACCCCAAAAUCAACAACAUGAUUGCCGCCUAUAGAGCUGCUCAGUACAAUCUCAUAUGGAUAUCCGAUAUUAGCAUUCUGACUACACCCCAUACUCUCAGUGAGCUAGUGUCUCACAUCUCACCCAAUCACAUUGCCCUAGUCCACCAGCUUCCGUUCACUACUGGAGUAAAGAGCUUUGCAGACUGCCUGGACAAGGUAUACUUUGGAACGCAGCACUCUCGUGUGUACCUAGUGGCCAACGUGUUGGGCCAGAACUGUGCCAAUGGUAUGUCGUGGCUGCUCAAGAGAAGCUGUCUGGAAGAGGUAGGCGGACUCGCCGCCUUUUCUGAAUAUCUCGCCGAGGAUUUCUUCAUCGGGAAAGCUCUAUGGUCCGGGGGUUGGAGGUUUGUGUUGAGUACUCUGCCAGCCUUCCAGAACCCCAGCCAUCGCUCUCUCACCUCCUACCAGUCCAGAAUCAUCAGGUCUCCCUCUCUCUCUCUGUCCAGCUUUAUUUACCGCAUCUUUUUGUGGGGAAGACUGAGAGCCACAAUGAUGCCGUGGCCAGGUCUUGUGGAGCCGUUUACCGAGUGCUUUGGUCUGGGUCUCCUCGGAGCUCUGUGUCUCCACCGUCUCCUCCACAUACACCCUCUCCUCUUCCUUUUAGUGCACACCUCCGUCUGGUUCACCUUUGACCUCGUCCUACUAAAACUGAUUGAGAAUGGUCCCCUCCCCCAGCUGUGGCAGGUGGGUGUGGCCUGGUGUCUCCGUGAACUCUGGACCUUCCCUCUCUUCAUGGGCGGAGUCUGGAGUCGUGAGAUCCUCUGGAAAGGUGGUCGUUUCAGACUCAAAUUUGGCGGGAAGGCAGUCAAACUGGAUUAACAGUUCAUUCAGCUACAUGCCAUGGCUUAUCGUCUCUCCCAUGUUUGUUUAUAUAUCAGUGAUCAUAUAAUGUGGCUGGUAUGAAUAUCAUGGUCUUUUCAUAGUUUUUGAGCAAGCGAGUCCAUGGGACAUUGUUGUCACCAUACACCAUACCAGAACAUUCUAAGUACGUGUAUAUAACACUAGGUUAAAUUUU